UAUAAAUAUAUAUAAAAUGGAAAUGGCAUAGAGAUUAGACAUUAAUUCUUUAGUACAUUUGAAUAAUUUUAUUUUUCUUGUCUUUUCUAUAUGUGCUGAUAAAAUAGUAACAGAAGAUUUCCAAUGCAACGACUCUGAAGGAAUUGGAUUUCUACAUUUUAUCUUAUAUGGAAACUUGAUUGUGUAAGAAGUCAAAUAAAUAAUUUAGAUAUGGGAUUAUAUUCAUAAUACAAUUUUUGAGUGCAUGCAAUUUACUAGAUACAUGUACUAGGAAAUUUGGAGCUGUUUGCAUUACAAUUAAUACAUUUGUCUUUUUUGGAGGUGUAAUUAUAUUUGAUGUCAUUUCUAUGCUUUAUGGAAUUAAACAACAUUUCUUUUCAGCCAGAUCUAAAUGUAGAGAAAUUGAACUAUUUACUAUGUGUUGUGCUUAUAUUUUUGUAGUCUGGAUAAGUGUAAUGAUAAUUGGAGCAAUAAAUCAUCUUAUUGACUAUUUUAAACCAAGAAAUGAUCUCAUACAACCUUUGAAUAAGAACCCUGCUGUUUUGUGA